GUUUUUUUUGUCGACUGCAUGCUGUGGAUCAGUGGUGAUUAAAGUCUAAUCUUAACUCGGUCAGUGAUGCAUAAAUAGCGCAUUUUGUUACAGAGUGAUUCUUGUGAUAAUGCUGGUACAAGCCUUUUCCACAGUGACUCGACAAGCCAGCAGAUCGCUGAAAACUACCAUCUGUUUGAAGUGUUCAUUACUUCCAAAUCACACCGCCCGAAUUUCGACGAAGGGUCCACGGAUUUGUACCUCCCAUUCCCAAUUUUCUGAAAAGAAAUUUAGCGAUCUGCAUAACUGCAGUCUAGAUCUAGGAACAAAAGCAACACGGAUAAGAGGUAUGGCGAGCAUUGACAGCCUUGAUGAGACGCAAGUCAAACUGUUGGCUGAGGAGUGCAUCGUGGUGGACCGGGACGACAAAGUCAUCGGAUCGGCCUCCAAGAAAGACUGUCAUCUGAACGAGAAUAUUGACAAAGGGUUAUUGCAUCGAGCGUUCAGUGUGUUCCUGUUCAAUGAAAAGGGACAGUUGCUACUCCAGCAGAGAUCGGACGCCAAAAUCACAUUUCCGGGAUAUUGGGCCAAUACUUGCUGCAGUCACCCACUCAGCUUCCCUGAAGAACUUGAAGAAUCGGACAACCUCGGCGUGCGCCGAGCGGCGCAGCGGAAACUCAAACAUGAACUGGGCAUUGAGGCCCAACAGGUGCCGUUGGAUGAUUUCCAUUAUCUGACCCGCAUCCAGUACCAAGCCACGUCGGAUGAGAAGUGGGGAGAGCACGAAAUCGACCACAUCCUCUUCAUCCAGAAGGAAGUAGACGUUAAACCGGAACCAAAUGAGGUUCAAAAUGUCCGUUACAUCAGCCCAAAUGAGUUGGAGGGAUUUCUGAAAAGCUCGGAGACUAACGGAACCAAGAUCAGUCCCUGGUUCAGACUCAUCGCCCAGACGCUGCUCCCUGAUUGGUGGAAACAUUUGGACAAUGUCAAGAGCCUAGAGGAUCAUGGGACAAUACACAGGAUGUGAAGAGCAUGAUGGGAUAGCCAAUACAAGACGUUUUGGCAGGGAGCAGCUGGAUAAAUGGCAAAGCGUUAGUAAACUGUAAAAUACACCGAUAUUCUGGAGAGGAUGUUGCAAGUGUUCUGGGACAUGUCAAAGGACAUCUUUUGCAAGGGAUUGUGGGUAAUUGAAGAAUUAUGAAAUACCAAUUCAGUUAUGCGUGGCAAGUGGUCUUCACAAAAUAAUUUUAUUACACAUUGAAUCCACCCGUCAAAACUACCAAUAUAGACUGUGCACUUAUUAACAAGCACAUGCAGAUGUUGUAAAAAUGAUUAAUUUGGCAUUUCCGCUCAAAAUAGAUCACAUUAUUAGCAUCCAAAUUGUGGUUUUGAUUUGCAAUUCAGUUGGCAUAUCAUAAAAUGAUGUAAUUGGCCUUAAUAUUUCAAAUUAGGACAUUUGUAAAAUAAUAAACACAUUUUCUUUUGAAGUAAAACAUAUUUUCUAUGUACUAAUGAGUUUUUGACUUUAAUUAUAUGCAUUGUUAACACAAAAAUAUAAAACCUGCUUCGUUUUUGGGGUAGUAUUCAUUUAUAUAUCAUCAUAAAUAAAUAAUUUUAAAGUGGAUAUGUCAAAGAAAAUAAUACUUUUUCACGAAUUUACUUGAUGGAAAUAAAUUAAUAGUAUCCAUGUA